AAGAACAAAAGGAUAAUGAAAGUAUUUCUAGUUUUGAGUUUUAUAUCAUGUUUUUGGUUGACGAUGUCAUUAAUAGUUUUAGCAGAUGAUGAUUUGAAUUCAUCAAAUGAUUUAAAUAAUAAAAAAUUUGAUGAUCCGGGACCAGCGAGAUCUUUACCAAGAAGUGAAAGAAAAAGAUUAAGAUUAUUAAAAUUACAAAAUGAACAUAAAAUUAAAAAAAGGGAUAUUAGUGAUGAUGAUAAUGAUGAAGUUGAUUCUUCACUGUCAAUAUCUACAACCACUAAAACACCAUCAUUAAAUUUAAGAGGAAAUAUUAAAGCAUCUGAUACAAUUCAUAAUGAUUAUUCAUUAAAAGGCGAUAAUGAUUUUUUGGAAGGAACAAAAAAUUUUCAAUUUGCAUAUAAUCUUGAUGAUCAUAAUAGAAAUGAAAUAUUACAUGUUGUACGAACACCAAAAGAGCUCUCGCAAGACACAAUAAAGAAUAACGAAGAUGAAACAGAUACAGUGGAAGCAAAAGGAUCAUUUAGUUUUGUGUCAGCUGACGGUUUUAAAUAUACAACAAAAUAUAUUGCAGAUAAUAAAGGCUUCCGACCAAUUGUAUUAGUUGAAAAAAUUUAAUUUCGAUUACAAUGUUCUAUUUUAUUGCAUAUGGAUAAUUAAAUUACAAAUUACAAAAUUUUACCUGAACUUAAAUUUUAAAGGUUGCUUUAAUUUUUUUAAAAUAAUUUAUAAAUUGAUACAU